GAAUAGUAUCAACAUUUUAUCUGUCUAAUUGAAGACUUAAAUGUGACACUAAUAAUAGAUACUGUAUGGUAACUGCUUAAUCAAAAAAGAGCUAUGCGCUGGCUUCACGUCGAACCGUAUAAAAGCUCAGGACGAUGCUGAGAUAAUUUCAAACAUCUAUCCAAUUAACGACAUAUCGCAUCAUGGGGAACAAAAGCAUCAUCACGAUCGUUACACUGAGUCUCGUUGUCGGUUACUGUUCAGUGUUUGCGGAUAAUCCCUGCCUGAAAGGACCUCCAGUUCCAAAGAAUGCGGCCGAAUGUUGCGUCACCCCAUCUCUCGUAGAACCGAGCGCCUUCAUGGCUUGUCAUUCGAAGUGGAUCGGUCAAACCAAGCGCCAGAUGGCGCUGGAGGGCAUUCCACGUGGUUGCUGCGUAGCGGAGUGUGUAAUGAACUCAACGAAUCUCUACUCCAACGGUAAAAUCGAUCGUGAGGCACUGACCAAGCUGUACCAGAGUUCUACCAAAACGAUGGCUCCCGAAUGGAACCAGAUUACGCUCGAUGCGAUCGACGGUUGUUUCAAGAUGGCGGACUCGAUGAAGGAUGAAAUUGAGGCCGGUGCGCAGUUAACGCCAGCGUUUGAAGGUGAACAGAUCUGCCACCCGAUCUCGGGUACCAUAUUGGCCUGCAUGGGUAUGACACUGUUUGCCGAGUGUCCUGCUAAGCUGUUCACCGUCAACGAUGAUUGCAACAAGCUGAAGACGUACCACAGCAAGUGUCCAUUUUUGUAAGCGAUUGAUGAACGUUGGCGAAGGAAGAAUCUGAUAUACUUAUACAAAAAAACCUUAAUAAAAAUUGCACCUAUCGCACUAUGGCAAACUGUAAA